AUGAGUUGAACUAUUCGAUGAUUGAUAUCCACAAAUCAUAAAGAUAUUGGGACAUUGUAUUUUAUUUUUAGAAUUUUUUCUGGGUUUAUUAGGUCAAGAAUAAGUGUUCUUAUUCGGACGGAGCUGUCACAAGUCGGACAAGUUAUUGGUGACAGGCAGUUAUAUAAUGUAAUUGUUACGGCCCAUGCCUUCGUAAUGAUUUUUUUUUUUGUUAUGCCGGUAAUAAUUAGAAGAUUUAGGAAUUGAUUGUUACCUUUGAUGUUGGGAAGUCCGGACAUAGCUUUUCCACGUCUAAAUAAUAUGAGUUUUUGGUUAUUGCCUCCGGCGGUAGUCCUUUUAUUAGUAAGCUCCUUUAUUGAGAGUGGAGUAGGAACUAGGUGGACUGUGUACCCUCCUUUAGCUAGGAACUUGGCCCAUUCAAGAGGUGCUCUUGAUUGUGCUAUUUUUUCUUUACAUUUGGCGGGGAUCUCCAGUAUUUUAAGAUCUCUUAAUUUUAUAACUACUAUAUUUAAUAUAAAGACAAAAAGAUGAGUAAUAUUUUCUAUGCCAUUAUUUUGUUGGACUGUAUUAGUGACUACAUUAUUGUUAUUACUUAGUUUGCCGGUAUUGGCUGCAGCUAUUACUAUGCUAUUAUUUGAUCGUAAUUUAAAUACUUCUUUUUUUGAUCCGGUCGGAGGGGGUGACCCCGUUUUGUAUCAACAUUUAUUUUGAUUUUUUAGGCAUCCUGAAGUUUAUAUUUUAAUUCUUCCUGGGUUUAGGAUAAUCAGUCAUGUAAUUACUUUUUAUACUAAUAAAGAGUUGGUGUUUGGGUUUUAUAGGAUAGUGUGGGCUGUUAUUAGGAUUAGGUUUUUGGGGUUUUUAGUGUGAGCGCAUCAUAUGUUUACCGUUAGGAUAGAUAUUGACUCUCGGGCAUAUUUUACCGCCGCCACAAUAGUUAUUGCUGUUCCUACGGGUAUUAAGGUUUUUUCUUGAUUGAGUACAUUAUUAGGGGCCAAAAUUGUUUGACAUACCCCUAUAUAUUGGGUGUUCAGGUUUUUGUUUUUAUUCACUUUUAGGAGAUUGACAGGUAUUGUAUUAUCUAACUGUAGUUUGGAUUUAGUAAUACAUGAUACUUAUUAUGUGGUUGCUCAUUUCCAUUAUGUUCUUUCGAUGGGAGCUGUUUUUGCAAUUUUUGCUGGUUUUACUCAUUGGUAUACUCUUUUUACUGGAUUAAUUCUCCAUAAGGAGUUGUCAAUUAUCCAGUAUUGGAUUAUAUUUGUUGGGGUUAAUUUAACUUUUUUUCCUCAGCAUUUUUUAGGUUUAGCUGGAAUGCCUCGUCGUUAUAAUGACUAUCCUGAUUUUUAUUUAAUGUGGAAUGUAAUUUCCUCUAUUGGUAGUAUAAUAAGUAUUUUUAGGGUAGUGAUAUUUAUAAUAAUUAUUUGGUUGUCUUUUUCUUCUAAGUCGGAGGUUUUCUUCGCAAAUGGAAGAGAUUUUAAUCUGGAGUGGGCUCAUAGAACUCCUCCCGCCAACCACACGUGGAUAGAAGGGCCAGUUUUUAUAUUAAGUAAGUA